AUGGAAGAAAAACUAAUAUUACAGGCUAAGGAGCAGGAAGAAAUUAGAAACAAAAAUAUGGAGCUAAGUAAAAUCAAUAAAAGGCUUGCAAAUAUUGAAGAACAUAUAAACAAAAACUCUAUUGAUAUAGCCAGAACAACUAACACCAUAGAGAAAAGUGUCUCUGAUAUUAGAAAUCCUGCAUAUGAUAAGGAACAAUCUGAAAAAUUAAGAAAGCUUAAAGCAAACAACAUUGCUUUUCACGUCGGAUCAAACGACCUAGAAGAAAGUACACCUGAGGACGUGGCUAAAAAUAUGGAAAGACUUAUAUUAGAUACACAGAGACUUGUCCCAGGGAGCAACAUCAUAAUAAAUGCUAUAUUGCCUAGAUUUUAUAGAAACGCACAUUCAAGCAAAACUUAUGAAUCAAAAAGAUCCAAAUGUAACAGCAUGCUUUCAGAUCUAUGUAAUGAAUAUAGUCUUAAAUUUGUCAAACAUGAAAAUUUCGUACAAUUUCACUUCACAGACGGCAUCCAUUUAAACCAAAAUGAUGGUAUCCCACUAUAUGUAAGAAAUUUAAAACAUGUAGUAAACCCACUACUGGGAGUAAUAAAUGAUCAACAGAACUUUGAAAAUCAUCAAUUUCCUAGGCAACGUAAUCAACAGUUCCGUAGAGAAAAUGGUAAUCACUUCUACAAACAUCCAAAUCCAUAUGAUGAACGUCCAAAUCGAUAUGACGAAGAAAACCAUCAAAGUGCUACUUACAUGUAUGACAAUAGCAAUAAUUUUUAUGAAAGAGAAACAAAUCACCAAAAUGCUUCACAUGACAAACACAACAAUUAUUACCAAAGCUAUGAUGACAAUUUAAGCAAUAAUGGCAUAAACAUGCGACUACUCAAACUAGCACUUGAAGGUUUGAAAUAG